AUGGUUGGCAUUCAACAACCCCCGCCAGACUAUGAUAUGAUCAUUGUAGGGGCCGGCUUUGCCGGCGUCACACUGCUCUAUCAUCUUCGUAAACAAGGCCAUCGCUGCCGCGUGCUGGAGGCCGGGUCAGAUCUGGGCGGUACCUGGUUCUGGAACCGCUACCCUGGGGCACGCGUCGACACGGAGGCACCCUUCUACGGCUUGUCCAUACCUGAAAUCUGGGAGAGCUGGCAGUGGAGUGAGAAGUUCCCCUCCCAGCCGGAACUACGGCGCUACUUCGCCUAUCUGGACAAGAUGCUCGGGCUGAAGGAGGACAUUGACUUCCACACGCGCGUCACGCAUGGGCAGUUCCGCGAAGACCGCUGGCAUAUCACGACGGCCAACGCCGGCCACGUCACCAGUCGCUUCCUGAUCGCCUGCCCCGGCCCGGGCACCGUGCCGCACAUCCCCUCGUUCCCGGGGCUCGAGUCCUUCGAGGGAACGGUGACGCACUCGUACGAGUGGCCGGAGGAAGGCAUCGAGCUGGCCGGCAAGCGCGCCGCGGUGAUCGGCACGGGGGCGUCCGGGGUGCAAAUCGUGCAGGACUGGGCCAAACGCGCGCAGCAUCUGACCGUCUUCCAACGGACCCCCAACACUGCGCUCCCCAUGCAAGCCGAGGGCUGGGCUCCCGACGCCACGCUGACCCAUGCGGCUUUCUGCCAGUACCGUCAUACCCACCUCAGUGGGGUCAACUACCAGUUCACUCCACUCAACACCUCCGACGUCGCGGACCCGGCCGCACGACAGGCCUUCCGGGAGUCGCUGUGGCAGCGUGGGGGGUUCCCCUACGUCUACGCGAACUACCAGGACGUGAUGACCAACGCGGCCGCCAACCGUGAGAUGUACGACUUUUGGGCGACCAAGACGCGGGCCCGCAUCGCCGAUCCCCGCAAGCGCGACCUUCUGGCUCCGCUGGAGCCCCUCCACCCCAUGGGCGCGAAGCGUCCGACCGUCGAGCUGGACUAUUACGACCAGUUCAACCGGCCCAACGUCGACCUCGUCGAUCUCCGCGCCAGCGCCAUCCGCUCCUUCGAGCCCAAAGGCCUCACCACCACCGAUGGCCGCUUCUUCCCCCUGGACGUUGUCGCUCUCGCGACGGGCUUCGACAUGAUUACCGGCGGCCUGACCCACAUGGGGCUCGAGAGCGUCGACGGGGAAGCCCUCUACGACCAGUGGCGGGCAGAAGAAGGCGUGCAGACCUACCUGGGGAUGACCAUCCACGGCUAUCCCAACCUGUUCUUCCUGGCGGGGCCGCAGGGCCCGUUGUCCUUCUCGAGCGGGCCCAUCGGCAUCGAGGUGCAGUGCCAGCUCAUCUGCGAGGCCAUGCAGUCGCUGCACGCUGGGGGCCACACCAUUUUCGAGCCCACGGCCCCCGCGCAGGCUGCGUGGAGUCAGCGGGUCAAGGCGAUGUUCGAUGGCACCCUGUUCCUCCAGUCCCCGGACAGUUGGUUCUUGGGCGGCAACAUUCCCGGCAAGAAGCGUGAGCUGUUGACUUAUGCAGCGGGGCUGCCACAGUAUCAGAAGGAUUGCCAGCAGGCCUUUGGUACGUGGGAGGGGUUUGUGCGGAGGUAG